UCCACUUGGCUUAGGAUGUUCUGGAUUUGGGUUGUCAAAGGCGUUUGCCUGCCUCUCUGGAGAAGGAUGAUCAUGUGGUCCCUGUGGGGUCUGCUUCUCUGGGAAGUUGCUGGUGCCCAAGUGCUGAGCAAGGUGGGGGACUCCGUGCUGCUGGUGGCAGAGCGCCCGCCUGGCUUCCAAGUCCGCGAGGCCAUCUGGCGAUCUCUCUGGCCUUCGGAGGAGCUCCUGGCCAUGUUUUUUCAGGGCUCCCUGGAGACUCUGUACCACUCCCGCUUCCUGGGCCGAGCCCGGCUGCACAGCAACCUCAGCCUGGAGCUCGGGCCCCUGGAAUCUGGAGACAGCAGCAACUUCUCUGUGCUGAUGGUGGACACGAGGGGUCGGGCCCAGACCCAGACUCUCCAGCUCAAGGUAUAUGACGCAGUGCCCAGGCCCGUGGUACACGUGUUCAUUGCUGUGGCAGGGGAUGCUCUGCCCCUCACGACCUGCCAGGUCUUUUUGUCCUGCUGGGCCCCCAACGUCAGUGACGUAACCUAUAGCUGGCGACAGGAGGGGACAAUGGACUUAGGUAUGGAAGCACACAGCCUCUUCACAGAUGGGCAGGUGCUGAGUGUUUCACUGGGACCGGGAGAAAAGGACGUGGCCUAUUCCUGUAUUGUCUCCAACCCUGUCAGCUGGGACCUGGCCACAGUCACCCCCUGGGAGAGCUGCCGUCGUGAAGCAGCACCAGGAAAGGCCUCCUACAAAGACGUGCUGCUGGUGGUGGUGCCGGUCUCGCUGCUCCUGGCCCUGGCUGGUCUCUUCUCUGCCUGGCACUGGGGCCGCUGCUCAGGGAAAAAGAAGGAUCUCUGUGCUGACAGAGUGGCUCCAGAGCCAGAGAACCCCCUUGUGUAGGAUCUGCCGUGAGGGACCACGUAAGCUGAAGCUUGCAUCACCAGGAACCCCACUGCCCAGGCACAUGAUGCUCUGGGGCAGAGCUGGUGUCUGGAAACCAC